UGCUGCUGAACACUCAGUAUAAAGCUGAGCGUCUCACAGCUCUCGAGUCAAAUCUAACAGACUUACGACGCCACAAGAGAGACAGAGCGAUUGAGCAGCAAAACAACACCACAAAAGCCUGCAGUGAAAAUGUUGAGCCUGCAUGGAUUCCAGCCUUCCUUCAGCCCAAUCAUGCCAAUUGACUGUCCAGUGCACAGUCUGUGGCCACAGAUCUCACCUCUUUACAGACACACAGACAUACUGCAGGAGGUGAGGAGCAGCCUGGAGCAGCUGGAGAAACUUCAGCACAAGAUCUUUAAGGAGAUCCAGCAGACGCCACACUCGGAGGAGAUCUACCCAGUCACCUGCACGAUGGAGAAAGAGGGAGAAAGUGGCUUUGCUUUGACGCUGGAUACUAAAGAAUUUUCCCCAGAAGAACUGUCAGUCAAACAGGUGGGCAGGAAGCUGCAGGUCAGUGGAAAGACAGAAAAGAAGCAGGAGGAUGGGAAAGGCUCCUACUCUCACACAGUGCAAGAGUUCAGACGGGUGUUUGAUUUGCCUGAAGGAGUGAACCCCGAGACAGUCACCUGCUCCAUGACUGAUGGAAAGCUCUACAUACGGGCACCAGUGAAUCAGAUAUCUGAAGCACCUGAGAGGAUGGUACCCAUUGACUGCGCUGAAGCUGUAAAGACAGAAAACAACAGCACUGAAAUACACAAGACUGAUCAGCAAUCCUGAAAUCACUGAGCAGAAGCCCUGAUGAUCUCUAAUGGACUGUGUGCUGCUACUGUAUUCAAUAUAUGUGAUUAUCUUUAGUUUUAUAUCAAUCAAUCUUCUUUCAAUAUUGUUUUGUUGUCCAUUAGAAAUGCUUAAGAAGUUCAGUGCUUAAAAUAAAAUUUCCAUUUUUAUUCAAAUGUUUGGAAAUAUCCACAUGGCAGUUUGACCUGUCAGAAAUACACAAUCAGACUCUUUGUCAAGUUGACCAAGCCUACAUUUCUUUUAGUUUUUCAUAGCUGCCUUUAUAAAUGCUUUAUUAACAUUAAAAAUAAAACAGUUUAGGCAAUAAUGAUGAAUGUUAUUGCACAUAUUUAGACAUAUGCAAGAAACUUUAAAGUUUUGGGACAAUUCAUAAUUAUUUUCAUAGAAAAGAACAACAAAUUAAUAAACAUUUCUCACACUUUCUAAUGGACUGUGUGCUGCUAUUAUAUUCAAUAUAUGUGA